AUGUGCGCGCUUGGGAAGACCAGAAUUGAGAGCCGGUGCCCCAACGAUGCCGAGAGUGGCCAAAGUUCCCCUGGGGUGUCGAAACUCUUCCCGGGACUGCUGGGCGGGCCCGGCCGGCCCGGUGGAUCGGGUGAUGCCGUGAUGGAGAAGGCGCUGGAGACGCUGCGGAGGGUCGGCGACGGCGUCAUGCAGAAACACGAGCUCGCCUUCCAGGGAGUGCUUCGGAAGCUGGAAAUCCAGAAAGAGGAAGAUCUGCAGUCGGUGUGUGAAGUGGCUGCCCACGUGUUCAGUGAUGGAGUAACAAACUGGGGUCGAGUGGUGACGCUCAUCUCGUUUGGUGCCUUUGUUGCAAAACACCUGAAGAGCAUAAACCAGGAGAAAUGCAUCAGCUCGCUGGCAGGGAUCAUCACGGAUGCGCUCGUCUCAUCUAAGCGCGAGUGGCUGCUGAGCCAGGGAGGCUGGGAGGGCUUUGUUGACUUCUUUCGAGUCGAGGACCUAGAAGGCAGCAUCAGAAACAUACUGAUGGCGUUUGCAGGCGUGGCUGGACUGGGAGCAAGCUUGGCCUACAUGAUCCGGUGAGCCAGGGCGUGCUGCAGAGGGACAAAACUCUGGGUGGACCGGCUCUGUUUGGGGCUGGCGAGCUGGUCGCUUCCUCCUGUGAGUACUUAAGAAGCUCGACGUGAGUGACCCAAGGAGACUAUCUAGGCACCCCCUGAGCAAUCCUUUCCUAAGAAGGAAGGCGCGAUCCGGUCAGAUUGUGGGUACCGAUGAGGAUUUA